UUUCAAUUACAAAUUCAAACACUGUUUACGAAUACCCUCCUUAAAUUUGAACUAUUAUUUCUUGUGUUUACGUUCCGGAUUAUCAAAUCUCAUUUUAUCUAUUAACUUAUCAUGGAUGACUUGGAAAAUUUAAGCUACCACGAAUUACGCAAUCUAGCUAAAGACCUUGGCAUCAAAGCUAAAGGAAAGGCUGACAAAUUAAUUCGAGAGAUCAAGAAAAUCCAAAAUGAUGGUUCCAACCCAAACCACACGCGUAGGCUGUCGCAGCCUGAAGCUGAGUUUCACGCAGCUGCUUCUGAAAAUUCUUCAGAAAAAACAGGAGAUACUUCAGAUAAUGAGAUCAUAUUUGUUAAAAAUCCUGAUCGGCAGAUUACCGUCGAUGUUGGUGACUUUCUUGAAGUCCACAAUAAACGCAAUAGCACUGCAGAACUGAAAGAUUGUGAAGACGAACUUGAUAAAUUAAGUGAACAUAACCAGACAGUUGAUUUUGAAGAUUUUGAGGAAAAUAGCAAAAAUGGGAGCGGGACUAAAGAACUGGAAAAUGGCAGUGUACUAGAUGCUACCUAUGAAGUGUUGCCUGAUGUCGAAGACCCGGAAGAUGAAUCAACAAAUGAUGACCCGGCUGUCAAAAAGAAUGACAGUGUGAAUGAUCUUUUGGACGUAAUGAAACCUGAUAUGACUAAUGAAGAAAUGAAAGCUGAACUGAUAGCAGCUAUUGAUAAAAAAGUUCAGAAAAGAACCACAACCAAUACGAUUUCAAAAGCAGGAACAGAAUUUGAUAAUUGUGUCAACAUGGUACUAUCUUCCAAGAAGGAAUCAAAUAUUGCAGAGCCAUCUGAAAGAGGUAAAAAAUGGGAAAAAAUUCAUCAGAAAAUGUUUCAAAAAUUUGACUCCCUUGAUGUGUAUUUAGAAAAGAAAAACAGACGUGCUCAGAAACUGCUUACACCUGCACGACUUGCUAAACAAAUAGCGGAAGAGAAUAAAAAAAUAUCAGAAAAACAAAGUUGCCAAUCGCUGCAAUCUAAGAUUCCAAAACGUAAUCCUGUGACUAGUUUCAUUCCUAAAGUGACAUCGGUAAAAGAAAUGUGUUUACAAUUCACAAACUCCAGUUCUAAAUUACCAAAGACUUCGAAAAAUGUACAGGAAACAUCUGCAAAGCAGUUGAGUGCCAAGAAAGUGUCUAGCGCUUCUAAAAAGACUGAUUGUAGAGCACCUUUCAUGUCACCGAGACUGAAUGAGAGAAAAACCGAGAAAAAAGUUUUUACACCUUUCAAUUUUACUGCAAACAAAAACACACCAUCUUCUGGAGCCAAAAAACCAAAAUUUGAUCUGCAAGCAAGUCUAGCCAAGCCAAUUACAUGGAAGCAACAUAAAGGCAAAUUAAAACCUCUUUCAUAUGGUGAUACUGAGCCAACAUACUUUAAGAAAGGCCUCCAAACAUCUAUUGAAGAAAACAGAAAAAAUCGCCGAACAGCUGUUCUUAAUCACAGAGCUUCCAGAAGAGCAAACCUUAUUAACGCCCGACGGAAUGUCAAUAUGCAGUGAUAUGAUGUUAUGAAAAUAAAAUCGCCUGUAUCACAUUCGAAUGUUAGAUUUGGAACCUUCACAAGAUUCUGAUUCUAAUGAGCUUUAACCGCGUAUUUUCGUUAUUACUAUAUUUUAUCAAUGAAACAGAUAAAUAAAUGUAGUGAUUGCUUUUUC